GUUUGCUGACCAUCUCCUCGUGGUACACUAUCUUCCUAUCGCCCACCUACUUCAUGUCUGUUGUUUGGACUGCCGCUGCUGUGUACAUGGUUUAUGUGUCACAUAACGUUGAGGAGGAUGUGGCACUGGAAGAACGAGCUCAGUUAAGGAGAGAGCGCAGAACCAAACUCGCAAAAAUGCGGUACGACGAAAGGGUGGCCCGGGGCACUGUGUGUGGUCUGGCUGAUGAUGUAGACGUGGCUACCGCUGAAGUACCACACAGCGAUGACCCUGUGAUUGUCGUGCAACCUGCGUCCCCGGGCGUGAUGAGUGCAUCAGAGGCGCAGGCCCUUAUUGUGACUACUGCUGCACAUCCUGGUCGUAAAGAGAGCGAUGUCAUCAGUUUCUCAAGCGUUGAAUCCCCGAGGGCAAACGUGCUGAGCCAGGUCGUACAAGACGCGGCCCAUUUAUCAGGCGAAGCAAAGAAGGAUGCGAUUCAAUCUAGUCUUAGCGAUCAAUCAAGUAGGCUGGCCAGCGCUAUCGUGUACGGCGACACACCAUCGCAUUAUAUCGAGUCUAGUGACGACUCAGAUGGAUCGUACCACUCGGCUGUUGGUGCAGUGAAUACCUCAGACUCGACUUUAACAGGAGAAUAAAAACGAAAUUAAUCAUGAAC